CCUCCCUCCAUCCUCAAAGGGAAGCACGCGAUUCUUGGCCUCCUCUUUCUCUUUCCUUUCUCAGCGAUUUCUCGUAACGAAUCCACCGGCCAGUGCGAAGAAUCAGUGAGACUGGUCGUUCCAGAUCCAUGAGAAGUGGUCUCGUUUCAGUAAUCACUCGCCGGCCUCCUAAAACGCUGGGCCUAACAUAUGCUGUUUGGAGCCUCAUCCAUCUUCUUGACUCAGAAGUUGUUGUUAGUGCCCAUCUUGUGUAGAUCUAAAUGGAUGAUAAGGAAAUGGCGAAGCUGUUUGAUGCGACCGUGGACAGAUGGAAAGAGCGCAGCUUGGCAAUGAACUCAGCAGUGGUGGGUUCUCUUGUGCAGUUCCAGAAGAAUAUCCAGAAUUCUUUGGAGGGACGUUUGAGGCAACUGGUGAAUAGCAAACAUCCAACUGAUGCUACAAGGGCUCUGGCGCUGUUGGAAAAUGAAUCAGUAAUCGGCUUGAUGAAGGCCAGCUUUGAGAAGCAGCUUGAGGCCUGGAAAGUGAAUCCAUUCUGGGUUGAUCAGCCUCCAGAGAUCAAGGUUUCUGUACCUAAAGGAUCUCUCUGUAACUUGAAUGCCAAAUUCAAUGUUGGAUUGCCCCCAGAGUCUGUUUUCAAUAUUGUGACUGACCCAGAUAACAAAAGGGUGUUCAAGAACAUAAAGGAAGUGAGUUCAAGAAAAGUGCUACUUGAUGAAGGUUUAAGGCAAGUUGUUGAGGUGGAGCAAGCCGCGAUAUGGAGGUUUCUUUUGUGGUCCGGGACUAUAACAGUCAAUCUCAUAGUCGACCAAAACCGGAAAGAUUAUACAGUAAAGUUCAAGCAAGGAAAAUCUGGAUUCAUGAAAAGGUUUGAGGGUUGCUGGAAAAUAGAACCUCUAUUUGUCGACGAGCAGAUGUGCAGACCAUACAAGCCAAGAAUGUGGAGUGAUUACGAUUCUUGCACGCAGGGGAAGGGAAGAGUUGGAUCCGUAGUGAGCUUAGACCAACUGAUCCAGCCAGCUCUAAUGCCUCCACCUCCAAUUUCAUGGUAUCUGAGGGGGAUAACUAUAAGAACCACUGAGAUGCUUGUGAAAGAUCUUUUUGUAGAGGCUGCUAGGUUGAGGUGCACAAUGAAUAGCGAAGGAGAUAAAGGAGAUCUGGAAGGAAGUGUGCACCAUAGUAUGCUUGAUUCAGGCUAUGGAUUUGUCGACAUGAAACAGAGAUGGCAUGUUAGAAGAAAGGAAAAUAGAAGAAGAAAUAGAAGGCUUUUGUUGGCUCAUUAACAAUUCAUACUUUUGAUGUCUACAAUUUUUGCUAUAUUUUGUAUAGUUUUGACAGACUUGAAAAUUGAGGAUUAUGCAUUUGGUUGAACAGACACAUUGUUGUGCGCUGAAGAGCUUAUAUAAGAACU